AUGGGUAUCAAGCAACUGACCCAGGUCAUCCAAGAGGAGGCGCCGGAUGCCAUCAAGAACGGCGAGAUCAAGAAUCAUUUCGGCCGUAAGGUGGCUAUCGACGCAUCAAUGAGCAUCUACAGCUUCCUCAUCGCCGUCCGCUCCGAUGGCCAGCAACUCAUGUCAGACACCGGCGAGACUACCUCACACAUAAUGGGCAUGUUCUACCGCACUCUUCGAAUCCUCAAGUCCGGCGAGUUGGCCAAACGCUUUGCCCGAAAGAGUGAAGCCAAUGAAGCCCACGAAGAGGCAAAAGAGACCGGCACAGCUGAGGAAGUCGAGAAGUUCUCACGCAGAACUGUCAGAGUCACACGCGAGCACAAUGAGGAGUGUCGACGAUUGCUGAAGCUGAUGGGCAUUCCGUUCAUCAUUGCGCCCACCGAGGCUGAGGCUCAGUGUGCUGUGUUGGCACGAGCUGGUAAGGUCUAUGCUGCGGCUUCGGAGGAUAUGGAUACGCUCACAUUCAAUGCACCUAUAUUGCUACGACAUCUCACGUUCAGCGAGCAACGUAAGGAGCCUAUCCAGGAGAUCCAUCUCGACAAAGUGUUGGCAGGUCUGAACAUGGAACGGGAUCAAUUCAUUGAUCUGUGUAUCCUGCUCGGCUGUGACUACGUCGAUCCUAUCCCCAAGGUUGGUCCGAAUACUGCGCUGAAGCUGAUCCGAGAGCAUGGCUCGCUGGAGAAGGUCGUCGAAUUCAUGGAGAAGGAUCCGAAGAAGCGCUACACCAUCCCAGAAGAUUGGCCAUACCAAGAUGCGAGAGAUCUCUUCCUCCACCCAGAUGUCCGAGAUGCGGAAGAUCCUGAAUGUGACUUCAAGUGGGAAGCACCAGAUAUCGAGGGACUGGUAGCGUUCCUGGUGGGUGAGAAGGGCUUCAAUGAGGAUCGCGUACGUAGUGCAGCACAGAAGCUGACGAAGAAUGUCAAGUCUGCUCAGCAGUCACGCAUGGAAGGAUUCUUCAAGCCGGUCCCCAAGACGGCGGAGGAGAAAGCGAGCUUGAAGCGGAAGCACGACGACAAGAUUGCCGAGUCGAAGAAAAAGAAGAAGGAAGAGGCUAAGACUAAGAAGGAGUCCAAGGCCAAGGCUCAUCUCAACAGUUGA